ACGCCCAUUGUUGAGUUUGGCAUUCAUCAUUCUCUGCCUCGUCGCACUCUCUGAGCGAGUAUCGAUCGAAACAGCAGCUGUGGUGAUGAGCAGAGAGAUGCGGUUGCCCGGAAUAAAGUGACGGUCGCUCUUCCUAUCGUCUAAGUUGGCAGAGAGAAGCUGGUUAGAACAGAUGAAGCGUAUGCCUGCUAUUGACACGCCGCAACUUUUUUGCAAGGGGCCUUCACCUCCGAUUAUAUCGCUCUGCGGAGACGUCGCCCACCGUCCAGAAUGGGCUACGAGAUCACGCGGUUUGAGGAGGAGGUGGACGAGGAGCUAAUGUGCAGCAUCUGUGGCCAGGUCCUGGAGAACCCCAUCCAGAUCCGCAAGUGCGAGCACUGUUUCUGCGAGUCUUGCAUCAACGAGUGGCUCAAGCUCCACUCUGUCUGUCCGAACGACCGAAACCCAGUCUCCCCGCUGGAGGACCUCACCCAGCCGCCGAGGAUACUCCGCAAUCUCCUCUCUCGACUCAAGAUCUCCUGCAAUAACAAAGAGUUUGGCUGCACGGCUGUUGUGAGGCUCGACCGGCUGAAGGUCCAUCUGGACGAGUGUCAGUACAACCCGAAACGCCCCGUCGCCUGCGACAAGGGUUGCGGGCUCAUAGUCCCGCUCGACGAGGUCCCCCAGCACAACUGUGUGCGGGAGCUGUACAAGAUGCUCAAGUCUCAGUCGGAUGAAGUGUCGAGUCUAACGUCCAAAGUCAGUGCCCUGGAGGUGCAGCUGACUGCCCAGAACAGAGAGAUACUCAUUCUCAAAGAGAUAGUCCGUGGGCUGAGGUCGUCCAGUAUCUAUGCCGGAGUGAACUCGGACGAGACUGAAAAGGCUAUAGACACGGUGAGAUGGUUGUCGAGUCUGAAACCGGCCCGUGUUCGCCGGUGGGGUGGGAUGAUAUCGACGCCCGACGCAGUACUCCAGAACAUUAUCAAGAGAGCACUCCAGGAGAGCGGGUGCCCCGCCCACCUGCUGAAUGAGCUAAUGGCGAAUGCUCACGAGCGGCGGUGGCCGACGGGACUGAGUACGCUGGAGACCCGACAGGCCAACAGACGGAGGUACGAGCAGUACGUGACAAAGAGGGUGCCCGGGAAGCAGGCCAUCGUGAUAAUGGCCUCAGAGAACGAGCACAUGGGGGACUCCAUGAUAGUGGCUCCCGGACUGGCCAUGAUAUUUGCACACGGAGUUGAGUGACAUCAUCUCAUUUUCU